UUUCACAGUCCAGUCCAAUAAAACUCAGAUUCUUCUCCCUCUUCAAGCUUCCAUUUUAGCUUCGUCUCAGAAACCCUAAAGCCUUAAAUUUCCAUCGGAGAAAAGGGGGCUCUACAAUUUAGCUUUACCAGUUCCAAAGAAAGGGAUAAAGUUAUGGCAUUAAAUCAAAUCAGAUCAUUGAAAAGUGUCAUUAUUGCCAAGGAUGCAGUUGGUGUGGGACAACGAACAUUUUCUGCUGCUUCUGGAAAAGCCAAGAAGGGCUCUAAAGGUGCAGCCAGUGAUGCGCCAAAAGCUUCAACACUCAGCAAAGAAGUCAAGUCAACAACCGUGGUUGGUGCAAAUAUACUCAAGGAUGGAGCGGAUCCAAAAAUCUUGCCGGAUUCCGAGUACCCUGAUUGGCUGUGGCAUCUGCUUGAUAAACGUCCAGCAUUGAGUGAGCUAAGACGGAAAAACAUUGAAACACUUCCUUACGAAGAUCUUAAACGCUUUGUGAAGUUGGACAACCGAGCUCGUAUAAAAGAAAACAAUUCGGUGAAGGCCAAAAAUUGAUGGUAGUAUAAAAGUACUUUCUACUAAACCUUAUUUCCUUAUCAAGAAUGAUGCGCCUAAUCUUCUAAGAUUACAUAUAUUGAUUGAUUUGCAUUGUGCAAUGAUGGAAUUGAAAUUAUGUUAAAGCGCAAAUAAUUAAGCAAUCUCCAUGUUUCCAAA